AUGGUUGUAGAUAUUAUUAACGAUCAACAACCCUUUCAUAAUCAUCAUUCGUCUUUUCCUCAUCAUCAACAUCGGACGAAUACAAAAUAUGUAGCCACUAACCCAGCGACUACAGCAGUUUUAUCAAAUGGUCAUCAUCAAAACCAUCGUUUAAUGUCAGAUUCACAUUCACUGGGUAAUAAAGCACAAAAAAUACUCGGUCCACCAAAUGCCGCAUUUAAACAAAAUUCCGAUUUUAAUGAUUAUCCCCAGACAACUCGUGUAAUUAUCGAAUCAUCGAACGCUGUUACAACACGAAAUUCUCAAUUAUCUUUAGCUGUAAAUAGUACAAGUCCAGUAAAUGUGAAUAUACCUAACAUUCCUAUUUCAUCAAGUGAACCAUAUGUGUCUUUGAUGUCAACAACGGCUGAUUCCGGUUUGAUUCCAUCAUCUAAUACUAUUGAAAAACGUGUACAUACAGUUGAACAGCUCGUACCACUUAUCUUAAAGUUGGUUGAACAACCAAAACGUCUUCCAGAAAAUAUUUCCAAUACGAUGCAUCGUUCCAAAUGUGCCAAGCACUAUCAUUGUCAUAAAAAUGGAGAUCUUCAAUUAAGUGAACCAAGUGAUGAAGAAAUUGAGGAUACCAUAACAGUAAAACCCCCAAACCUAUUGCUCAGUGAUCACAAUCGUCUUUCUAAUACUGAUGAUGAAUCCGAAAACGAUGAUGAUAAUGCAAAGAGUAAUCGAAUAGAUGAGAGUCAACAAAAACAAACAAAAUUUUCCAGUAUUAUUCAUCGUUCUUUAUCGAGAGACGACAGUGAUAAGCAUGACAGUGAUUUACAGCACAGUGACAUAGAGAAUGAAGAAGAUCACACUAGGCAAUCAGAUUUCUCAUUAAGCUUUUUUAUUGAGAAAAAAAUGGAUAAUGGACAUCAAAGUCAUAUAGAUGAAGAUGAAAAUCAUAAUACAGAUCCAAUCGUUCCUUUAGAAUUUUCCUCAAGUGCUAUAAUCAAUGAGUAUAAAGAUGAAGAAAGUAUCAACGAACCACGACCAUUCUUUAGUGGUAAUUCCACAGGUUUUUUAACAACAUCAAAUGAUCCUGUUACAACCGUGGAUGAACCAAUAACAAAUUUACCUUCUCCAUCGAAUUUAUUUGCAUUACCACUACCGUCAACAUCAUCCAUCACAGUUAAAACUGAAAAUAGUAAAUUGGAUAUAGCACCCAUGGAUCAAUUGUCGACUUUCGAUGAAGAGGAUAUUAAUAAUUAUACUGAUAAAAAAUUGAAUGAAAAACAAGUUGAUAAUCAUCACAGUGAUUAUAGUGAUCCUGAUGUAUCGUAUAUAACUGAACAAGUAAACUUGCCACCACCAGAUGAUACUGUAGAUAACAUUAAUAUUAAUAAUAAUACGAAUAAUAAUCCAUUACAUGACUUAGAAAUAUCGUCAUCGGAUGACGAUGAACAUAAAACAGUUCCAACUAAACAUAGAACUGAAAACAAGCAUGCUAAACAGCGUCGUAGAUCGACUCUCUUGUCUCCUCCAUCAUCCUCAUCCUCAUCAUCCUCAUCAUCCACAUCCUCCUCCUCCUCCUCUUCUUCAUCAUCAUCAUGUUCUCCCUCAUCAUCUCCAAUAUUAAUUCAAAAAUUAAAUGAACAAAAUAUUAUACAAUCGGUUGAUAAUAACAAAAAUCAAACAAAAACUAGUCCAAAUAUCAAACAAGAAACACCGCCACCAUCUGUAGUCAGUUCGAAAGAUUCUUCUACAAAAAGAUUAAAAAUAAAUCAAAAACUAAUAGACACUCCGACUGAUAUAGAAAAGCCAAAAGUUCAAAAACAAUAUACAAUUGAAAGAUACAACUCCGAUAAAGUAGUAGAAUCAUCUAACGUCUCACUUGAUUCAUCCGUGAACAGUUGCUUAAAAAUAAAAAACGAUAACGAUUCAGUUGUAGUUGGUGAUUAUAAAGAAAAAUUAUCCCCAACACAAGAACAUCAACAGCAAAAAUUACUAAAUUACAAGCUGUGUCCUAUUUCAGUAGCUAAAACGAAUGACAUCAAACUCCAGGCACCUUCAACUUCAACUAGUGAUUUGUCGUGUAAUUUAACCGUCGUAUCACCAACACAUCGUAAAAUGAAACGUCUGAAAGAUAAUACAAUGAUCAGUAUAAAUAAAUCAUCGAGAAAUCCAAAAAGUCGUGAGCAUCUUAACGAAUUAUUAUUAGAUACAUUUUGUAAUCAGUUACCUGUAAAUACAAAAAUUGAUUCGAAACAUCCAGUGUUAUCCAUCAGUAUACCGUUGAGUUUAUUUAAUGAAAAUACGAAAAUGAAUGGAAUUAGAGAUGACAAAAUUUAUAACAAUCAAAAAAGUAAUAGUACAAAACGGUAUUCAGAUGGAAUGAAUAAAACAGUAGGACAAAUUCAUUUAGAGGAGAAUGAAGUAAAUGGGAAUGGAAAAAUUACUAAUGAAUUUGUUUUAAAUAAAAGGGCGAAAACUAGUCAUUGUAUAACGUUACAUGAUAAUAAUAAUAAAUUGCAAGCAAAUAGUGAAUAUAAUACGUUUAAAAACACGAAUGAAAUGGAAAAAAAUUGUUUAACGAACGAUGUUGAUGUAAAAACGAAUGUUACCUCAUCUAUAAACAUUGAUAAAAGUUAUCUGACGAAUAGUCAUUCAUCUUCCGAUAAACUAAGGACGCGUACUGUAUCCAUUGAAUGUGAUUUAUCCAGCAAAGAUAAAUGUAUAAACACAAAAACAACUGAAACACAAACGACAGAAAAUUGGCGUUCUUCCAAACAACAACAAGACCAACAGACAACAAUAUCUGAUAUGGCCAACAAAGCUAACUAUAUAAAAUUGAAAAAUAUGCAAUCAGUUGAGUUAGAUUCGUUGGCCAGACAAAAAAAGAAAUCAGCUGAUGCUGCAAAACGUUUAACACCCGAACAAAUGAUGUUAUAUUCGGAAUCUGUUUGCUAUUUUAUUUUGUGUGCUGUUGGCGAAAAAAAUAUCGAAAGACGAUCCGGUUUAUUAAAAGAAACAUUAAAUAUGUUAAUACAAUUUUUUAAUCGCAAUAAACGCUUUACACCAACAAGUUCAUGUUCAGUUGAUCCAUUACUAAAUGUUCGUCCAAAAUUUUUGCUCAUAUGUUAUUGGUUACAAUCAUUUUUGUAUCAUUUGUGUUUUAAUGUAAACAUGACUGUAUUAGAUCGUUAUGUGACAAAUGUUAAUGAUUUUUUAACUCAAGUUCGCUCGUUAGACGCUAAAAACAAUACGACUAAUACCACUACUACUUCAUCGUCAAUCAGAAAUACUACAGCACCAACGACGGCAUCUGGUAUUGUUCAGAUGACGCCUGGAUCCGAUAAUCCAAUAUCACCAGCUAGUAAUAUUUCAACAAAUUCUCAAACCAGUUCAACAAAUGCCGAUGCAAUUCCAAAUAUGGAAAAUAAUCGCAGUUUAAUUGAUUAUUCAAAAAUCAUGAUGUAUUCUUAUAAUAGUCAAGCAUGUUGGAAUAAAAUCGAUCGCUAUACGAAUGAUAGUAGAACACUCAAAGAAUUUGUUGAACAACUACAACGGCAAAAUUCUAAUAGACGUUUAUCACGUGAUGAUAAUCCACAUGAUUAUAUUAUGUAUAUUUUUAAUGCUAUUGAGUUAAUGCGUUUAAAUCCAGCAUAA